GCUUUACAAGUGCACCAUACCUUACAGAAUAUUAUAAAAACAGUAAACUCAAAGUUUUAUAUAGAUCCUAUAAUAAUAUAACACAGAUAUACCUCUAGGCUUUGGCCAAACAUGAUUUAUAUUAUUUGGGAUUGUUUCAUAAUCCAGCCACACUUUCUGUUGCAGGCUGUGUAUAUUUCUGGGGGCGCAAUUAAUUUUUUCAUGAACACAGAAAGCAUUAAGAGGCUGGCAGAAGAGGUAAAGAAGGCGCAGGACUUAAUACAGGAAGCUCGUAAAGAAAAAGACCAGUUAGAACAGAAAACAAUAGAAAGAGCCAAAGAAUAUGAAGAAGAGCUUCUUAAAAAGAAAGUAGAGGAUGUGAAAAAGUACUUCAAAAGCACAAACGAAGAUCUUGCCAGAAUAGAAGAAUCUAUUAUCCAAGAAGUAAAAGAAACCAUUGAUGACAUUCGGUCUAAAGACAAAUUGUGUGAAGAUAUAAUGGAGGAGAUUGUUAAAACCGUCAUUAGCUAGAAGUGUUCAUUGCAAAAAUCUUA